GGGAAGCCGUAUAAUUUUCCGAACAAAGACGUUAUUAUUUUGUAUAAUAUACUGUUUUCUGCGGCAAAUCGCUGAAAUUGUUCCUCACCAAACUUACUGGCAAUAUAUGUUAAUGCUAUAGAUUCGAAAUAACCAUCCGAGUCCUCCUCUAAACUGUGGAUCUGGUCGAACUCGGGUGACGAAGUUGGAACAUUUUCAGAUUUUCUGCAUGCAUAGAUCCAGUGCAUUUUCUACGUGUAAUUCCAGAUCCAGGAAUAAUUUUUGAUGUUUUUUUCGUGAUUUUUCUCUCAAAAUAAGAAAUACUCCGAGCUGGCAUGGCUUUGCCUAACUUCAGAGGGGCUCCAAACCAGGCGUCUUCCCCUUUCAGCUGUCGCUAUAAGCCUUCGGGAUCCUCUUCAGGGAACAAUCCAUUUGUCUCUGCUAGUCAUGGACAUCCAUCGUUCAACCCCGUCAAACUUGGAACUAAAGGCGACACUCGCAUGCCAAAGCAGCCGAAGCCUCCAGAUAAGCCACUGAUGCCCUACAUGAGAUAUAGUCGUAAGGUAUGGGAUCAAGUCAAGAACGGUAACCCCGAUCUCAAACUGUGGGAGAUCGGGAAAAUUAUUGGUCAGAUGUGGCGGGAGCUGCCUGAGGACUCGAAACAAGAAUACAUGGAUGAUUAUGAGGCUGAGAAAAUCCAAUAUAAUGAAGCUCUGAAGCAGUACCAUCACUCUCCAGCCUACCAGUCCUGGGUAGCUGCCAAGGGAAAGGUGCUCGAAACAAUGGAGGAGGAAGACCGGGAGCCGGCACCAUCGUCAAAAUCCGGUCGAUCGUCACAGGUAAAGGGGGCGCUAGGGUUUCCCGGUGACGCUGUUGAAAAACCCAAGAAAAAGAAAUCAGAAUCUCGCAUCAGCAUUCAGCCCGCAGAAGAUGAUGAUGAUAUGGAUGAUGGGUUCUCCACUAAACACAUCGCGGCAGCGCGCUAUGUCCGGAAUCACCGCCUCAUCAACGAGAUCUUCUCUGAGACCUGUGUGCCUGAUGUCCGAACUGUGGUGACAACGAGUCGCCUGGACGUGCUGAAACGUCAGGUUCAGUCGUUGCAGAAACAUCAGAAGAAGCUAGAAGAGGAAUUACAGGAUAUCGAGGAGAAGCAUGAAGCCAAGAAGCGCAAGUUCCUGGCUUCAAGUGACGAAUAUGAUAGAGAUCUGAAAAAGCUGUGUGCCAGCAAACCUGAAGUCACUGAAAACAUGUUCAAAGAAAUGAUCCAGAGGUCGCGAGGUGAUUUGAUUGCUCGCCACCAACAGAUGUUGAAAGACCAACAAGAGCGUGCAGCGCGCCAGGCGGAGGAGGAACGCAAACGCGUUGAGGAGGAGGCGGCCAGAAAGGCGAAGGAGGAGGAGGAAGCCAGGCUCAAGGCUGAGGAGGAGGAGAGGCGUAAACAGCUUGGUGACAUGAACGAAGACUCCAACAUGUCCAAGGCAUCUGAGACCACAGAGAUUGGUUCAAUGGCUGGAGAGCAGCCUAAUGAAGCUGACCUACAGUCGGAGAAGCCAGCGAUCAAUAGCAUGCAGGAUCAGAAUGCCAAUGAAAAAAUCCCCAUAGAUAUGCCCACAUCAACCCUGGAGCCCAUGUCUGAUGGCAUGUCAGGUGUACCAGUGCCACCGCUGAAUCCCAUGAUCUCCAUGAACCAACAGAUGGCAGCACAAGGUCAGAUAAUGCAGAACCCCAUGGCUCCACAAGGGCAGAUGCCGCCGCAAAAUCAAAUGGUACCACCUAAUCCCAUGAUGACACAGAAUCCGAUGGUCGCACCUAAUCAGAUGAACAUGAUGGACAUGAUGAAGGACGAUAUUGGCGACUUUGACAAAAGCCCAGAGGAUGGCAUGGAAGGUGAAGAUGAAGACAUGGACGAAGACAUGGAUGAGGAGGAUGGAAAAGACGACACGGACGACAGCAACAAACCCAAGAAACGUCGCCGCCGAGAUAAGGGCGAAGCAUUCCGUCGCCACGCCUGCGAUGUUUGCGGGAAGGCAUUCAAACACAAGCAUCACCUGACUGAACAUUAUCGCCUCCAUACCGGCGAGAAACCAUACCAGUGCAAACUCUGUGGAAAGCGCUUCAGCCACUCUGGAUCAUACAGCCAGCACCUGAACCACCAGAAGUGCAAAUAUGCAAAACAUAUCGACGACCCGUGUCAGUAAACACACAUUGUACAGCCAGCAAGUGAAACACUAAGCCGGUUGACGAACAUAUGAGACUUUUGCCUGAAAAGAUUCUUUGAGACUUAAGUCAUUAGCAGACAGGUUUUGAUUGCGGUAUUCUGAGGUGCAUAAGAAAAUAGGAAGAUGUUUAUAUAUGUUUUCCCUUCAACGUUAUUGGUAGAGGAAUUCGCCAAAUAUCUUGAUUGAAAAUUAGUGAGAUAGACCAAGUGUAACAUUUGGUUUAUAGCCGAAACCCUCUUGCCAUUUUGCCAUGACCAUGUGACGGACAAAGGUGUGGACUAGAUUUGCUGAUGUUCUGAGUCCCUAUCUGAUUGCUUUGUAAUCUAAGUCUGCCUUGACAUCUAGUCCUGUAAAAGCCCAGAUUUGACUAAGCAUGACAUGGUCCUGCCCUUGCCCAUCACUGGCCACAUUGUUAUUUAUGCAGAUAUUUUACUGUUGUUCGAAUUUAGACAUACUUUGUACAUUAUAGUAUUUUCCCUGCCAAAAUAUCGGUGCAAUAGGACGAAUUUAUAGCUCUUUUUUCCCGAAAAUUGGUGCAGUAUUUUUGUGAAAUCAAACUUGUCCAGGUUAAACCACUGUAUUGUCGGUCUGGUUGAAAGUUUUGAUCUCUAGAUUUACCUUAAUUAACUAACAUAACAUACCUAGCUGUAUGUGCAUUUAAUCAUAUACAAUGGUGCAUAUCUGUUUUUUAAUCCCCACCACUGAAGUUACCUGGUAAUUAAUGUCAAAUUAUCAACAAUAUGAAAUCUUUACUUUCAAUGAAGAAAACAUUUGGUAAAGUUUUCAUUCAAGUUCUUUGUCCUAUAAAUUACCGUCCUUUGAAGGUAGAAGGAGAAAAAUGGCUGGUUUGAAGUCAAGAUGCCUCUUAACAUUUCCUCAAAUUUAAGAGAGGAAAUUGAGAUUUAAAGCUGUCUUGAUGAAUCAAAUCGAGUGUCAUCAAUGGUCUAAUAUAGACCUAAUGAAUACCAAACUGUGCAGUUCUAAAUGGCAAUACCCGGAUUCUCCAUUGCCUCCGCCCACACCUGACGUGCGUUGUUUGGAAGCUGAGCAAUGUCAAUACAUUGAGGGUCAAGAUGAUAGGAAUUAGGAAUGGAAACUCUUCAACAAAUAUAGAAAAUACUAGUAUAUAUUGGUGCAAUCGUUACUUAAUCAUCUAGAUUUAGUUUUGAGAUUAUUAUUAUAGCUUUUGAUUAUAAAUGAUUUGUUUGUUACGAUUACAAUCUUUGCAUCCUUCAAGGAUGAAUUAUUAUGAUUUGUUUUAGGCCUGUACUUAUUUUAUACACCUCCCUUCGACUUAGAAUCACAAGAUUUGUCUAUUAUGAGUUCAUAUGCAAUCAGUAGACUUGUAUUAUUUCUCAGUAUUAAUUCGAUAUGAUUUUUAAUUACUUUUUGUGGCAGCAUUUGUAGUUGUAUUCCUAACAUGAUAUACUGAUCUACCUGUUAUUAAAGUAAGCUGUCCUUAAAGUAAUGAUGUUAUUUUCAGUGUAAAUAUCAAGUUUUCAUACAUAUAACUUCAGCAUUAUGAUCAUCCCUCUCUUCACCAACCAUUGGUUGCCGGAUCUCAAUCAGUUCUCAGUGACAAAGCAUUUAAACAGCAGCAAUUUUUAUAUAGAAAAUUAACUUAUUUAAAUUAUUUGAUUAUUUAUUACUGGUAAUAAGUCUCAUGAUAUGAUUGACAGGUGUCAGUCAUUCAAUAUCUUAAAUCAAUUGGAAGUUUAUACUUUGAGAGUGAACAACUUUUGAUUGAAACAACUUCACUAAACCUGUAACUGCUAUCACUCCAUACAGACUUACUUAUUAUUUUGAAUAAUUUGAUGCAUGUUUGGUGAUUUUUAGUUGCGUUCAUCAUGUUCAUCCAAUCAAUUGUUUGAUUUUGCACUCAUAACUGUUAUUGUGUAUUGCAUGCAAUCAUAUUAUGAUUAUAAUUACCACAAAAGUGUUUAGUUUUUGCUAUGGUUACCUGGUUACCAUGGCAACAUAUCAUUCUCAUUUGGCUAGCAACCAGGUUUCACACAUCAAAAUUAUACUUGGACUGAAAUCAAACAAAUGUAACUAUCAAAUAUUAUAGGCAUGUGAAUUUAUUUUUGCUAUGAAUUAUGGUUGUGUGUUGAAUACAUGUUAUAGCCCUGCCAUUGUUGACAGCUAGUAGCUUCACUCUUGGCUGGUUUUUGGUUGCUAUGGUGACAUGUAUUGUACUGUAUAUUUUCAAAGAGAGAUUAGAGACUAAUUAGUCCUCGCUAACAAUGAAGCACAAGUAUUUCUAUCCAGUAUUAUUAUCGACAUUUUAGAGGUUGUGAACUGUUUCGGAUUCCAACUCUGACUUCAACUUCAAAAGUGCCUCACAGUUGUCUAUCGACAACAUCAAUUCAAUUGAAAUGAAAAACUUUUUCACAUAAUUCACAUUGAUGAGUUACGAGUACGUACAUAAUAACAUUUUUAAUUGCGUAUCAGACUUGUGCAUAAAGUGGAGAUCAAGUCAAUUUCAAUUCGUGGUGAUGGCCUAUUUUUGUAAAGAAGUAUGUGGAAUAUCAAUGAUCUGUUAUGUUAAUCUAUUGAAAUUAGAUCAAAUACUUCAUGUGAUGAUUCAACCUUGGAGUUGAAGUCUGAGGAGAGUGGUAUGAGCCUGUGUAGUGUUCAUAUGCACAAAAUCGUAUGAGGACGAAGAUUUGGAUGUGACUUUUUAUGGUUGUUUUAGUUUCAUGUACUCACAAUGCCAAAUUCGUGGACAAUUCAGCUUAAACUUGAAGGAGAUGGUUACCUCAAUAGACACCAGAUUGUCAUAGGUUGAGGUUGAGCUGUUUUUUCAAUUGGCAGAUCCAUUACUAAGGCCAUACAUACUUCCCUUUACAAACAUGCGUAACAAGGAGUCAUGUAACAAGGAGUCAUGUAAUUGGUCCUGUUUGCAAGAAGAUGUUACCCAGGUUGUUCAAUUUCUGAACCAGUAAAUCUCUCAUCCAAUCAGUCCGUUAUGCUUAUCACUUGAUAGCUUGAAGACAUGCUUUAACUCCCAAUCUGUCCAGAUGUUGUAACCUUUACUUUGAUACCAGCACAAUUAAGGGGAUGGUCCCAAAAUCUAUAGACUUUUCUCUCCGUCCAAAAUAUGACGAAUCCCGCCAGUUUUGUAUGAGAUUUGAGGUCAUGUGUAGGUCAAGUUAUUGUGA